CGAGCGGCUCCAUGGCGCAGCCGAGGCGGCCGAGGCGCGCACAGGGCUGAGUCCCCGCUGGGCUCUGAGUGCUGCAGCACCGUCUGCCAGCGCCUCUGAUGCGCGGCCGAGCGGAGCGAUGAAGGGACAGCAGAAAGCAGCCGAGACGGAAGAGGGAACGGUGCAAAUCCAGGAAGGUGCAGUGGCCACAGGAGAGGAUCCCACCAGUGUCGCCAUCGCCAGCAUCCAGUCCGCUGCCACCUUCCCCGACCCCAACAUCAAAUAUGUCUUCCGCACAGAGAACGGCGGCACGCAGGUGAUGUACAGGGUGAUCCAAGUGGCGGACGGGCAGCUGGACGGGCAGACGGAAGGCACCAGCGCCAUCAGCGGGUACCCGGCCACACAGUCCAUGACACAGGCCGUCAUCCAGGGAGCCUUCACCAGCGACGAUGCGGUGGAGACGGAGGCGACGGCCACCGAGACCCAUUACACCUAUUUCCCCACCGCGGCCGUGGCCGACACCAGCACGUCUGCGGGCGCCGGGACCACCGCCACCGCCGUCGUCACCACGCAGAACUCGGAGGCGCUGCUGGGGCAGCCCACCCCCACCGGGCAAUUCUUCGUGAUGAUGUCCCCCCAGGAGGUCCUGCAGGGUGGGACGCAGCGCUCCAUCGCCCCCCGUGCCCACCCCUACUCACCGAAAGCAGAAGCGCCGCGGGCGACCCGGGAUGAGAAGCGUCGGGCGCAGCACAACGAAGUGGAGCGCCGGCGCAGGGACAAAAUCAACAACUGGAUCGUGCAGCUCUCCAAGAUCAUCCCUGACUGCUCCAUGGAGAACACCAAGUCGGGGCAGAGCAAAGGGGGGAUCCUCUCCAAAGCCUGCGACUACAUCCAGGAGCUGCGGCAGAGCAACCACCGCCUGUCCGAGGAGCUGCAGGGGCUGGACCAGCUUCAGAUGGACAACGAGGUCUUACGGCAGCAGGUGGAGGAGCUGAAGAACAAGAACCUGGUGCUGCGGGCGCAGCUCCGCCAGCACGGCGUGGAGAUCGUCAUCAAGAACGAGAGC